AUGACUGAGCCGGAUUGGAAAAUAGCUAAAAAUAAGCUUGAUAAAUUAUCGUUAGAAGAGAGAAGGAAACUGUACAAGACAAAUGAUUACGUUAUUAUUGAUGUAGUGGACCCCUGGUUCUUCCAUGUUUUGAAAGAUAAGAGCAUUCGUACAAAAAAACAUACCCUAGAUGAUGUAACUGAAUUUAAAAAAUAUAAAAUUAAUGCUGCUUUGAAUGAGGACUUGGCCAAAAAGGUGUCUAUUUUUAAAGGAGAUAUAACAAAAUUAGAGGUGGAUGCUAUUGUAAAUGCAGCAAACUCAUUUCUGAGAGCCGGCGGUGGAGUUGAUGGAGCUAUACAUCGUGGUGCUGGACCACUUUUACAAGAAGAAUGCAAUACUCUUGGUGGAUGCCCAACUGGUGAUGCAAAAAUUACCUGCGGUUAUAGUUUACCAGCCAAGUAUGUGAUCCACACAGUAGGCCCCCAAGAUGGAUCACCGGCAAAGCUGGAAUCUUGUUAUGAAAAGUGUCUUUCUUUUCACGAGGAAUACAAUCUUCGCUCGAUAGCCUUCCCGUGCAUCUCGACAGGAAUUUAUGGUUUUCCCAACCGCCUAGCAGCUCACAUCGCGCUCCGUAACGCGAGGAAAUUUCUCGAAAAAAAUAAAAGUAUGGAGCGAAUAAUAUUUUGCACCUUUAUGCCAAUCGAUGUUGAAAUUUACGAGACUUUGUUACAGAUGUAUUUUCCAGUUCCUCAUUAUGAUGAUGAUACAACUGCCCUUAAUUAA